AUGUUACCUCCAUUGCCACAAUUUUUAACUAUAAAAGCAUUAAUGUUAAUACAUAGGCAUUUUUAUUUACAGGACAAACUCUAUCGACUGCGAUGCAAAAGUUAUAAGAAUUCUAUAACAAAAAUGGAUGAAUUGAUCGAUAUACUAAUUGAAGUUUCUAAAAAACAAAAGUUUCAAUUUACUUUUAGCAAGACAAACAUUCAAUGGAACUUACUUGCAGACAAUGACCAUGCCAUAAGGAUCUCAGCAAAAGAUAGCUUUACAGUUUCUGAGAUUUCGAUGCAGUCUCAGUUAUAUGAAAAUUUUACUAUUGAAGAAGGCCUUGUAGAACUUGUUAGACAGAUGAUUCAAUCAACCGACAGAUCACUCUCUACAUUUCCCGACUCAGAAUUACAAGAAGAAUUCGAUCAUAUUUUUAAUAAUCCACGCUUUAUAUUUAGCCAAGAAUUUCAAGAAUUAUGUGAUGCUUCGAAACUGUCAUCACCUAAACAUUUCGUUACUAAGACAAUAAACCUUAUGAAUCGAGUUUUAAAGCAUCUUCAACUUCGAACGCAUGACGAGGUUUUUAUUUUCUCAAUUGCAUUCUUCCGUGUUGUAUUUGCGAAAACAUUUCCAAGUAACCCAAGUUUCUUUAAAAAUAUCAAUGAAACGCAGUUUAGAAAUAUUGAUUCGAAAUUAACACUUCAAAACAUUGGAGCUCCCUUAAAUUUAUUACCAGACGCACAACCUACAGAUCAUCCUCGCGUUACAGCCCAGAAAAUACCAGAAAUUCUAGAAGCAGCAAAAAUAUUAUCAGCUGCUUCUUUUAUGACCUCUCCUUUAGACGUUUUAUUAGUUAUUCAUAAUACACUGCUGCUUCUCAAGAAGUAUGCAGCAGCAGUGUCCGAUGCUGAUACUUCCUCGGCCUUUGAAUCGAUUUUUGGUCUUUUUAUGCUGACUUUGGCCGUAUCAGAUUUGCCUUCGCCACAGGACACAUUUGCUUUUGCUAUUGAUUUCACUCCGGCCACUGGAUUAUCUGGAGUUCUUGAAUAUGACAAAGCAACUGCAACGGCAGCAAAGAUUCAGACUGACGCACUAAUUAUUCAGUAUUCGUAA